AUGGGAUUCCACAACGUGGACUGGGGCCGUCUGGAGGACUCGUUUUCUAGCCAUCAUAAGCGUGUUGCAGUCCGACAACAAGAAAUUGUCAUUUCUGCCCCACCUGUGGAAAAUGUCAAAGCGCGCUGGCCAGCACUUCAUACAGAGAGACAGGUCCUGGCAGAAUUUAACCAGAUCACCAGCUCCAAACUGGGCAAUGAUUUCGUCUCCGCUCAAGUUAAUAUAUACAGUCUAUGUUGCAGUCCGACAACAAGAAAUAGUCAAUUCUGUCCCACCUGUGGAAAAUGUCAAAGCGCGCUGGCCAGCACUUUAUACGGAGAGACAGGUCCUGGCAGAAUUUAA